AUGGACAAGUCCCCGCGUGAGCGCCUGUCCCCGCGUGAGCGCACCGUCCCCGCGGACCAGUCCCCGCGUGAGCGUUCCGCCCCGCCCACCCUGGCCAACCGUCGCCGCCCCCACACGUCACCGCCAGGGGUGGAAAACGAAGGGAGACGCUGGGAGCGCGCGCUCCCUCUACUCCCCGCGCAUGCGCCGCUCGGGGCGGCCGCCGUGUUUGUGGAGCCACGUCGCCACUUUGCAGCCGAGAGACAUCAGAGCAGCAGCGGAGCAGCGAAGGGCUCGGCGAGGAUGUCUUCCCCACCCACGGACAAGGUGGAAACCAAAGCGGGACACCUGCCUGCCGUCAAGGCAGGAGGUAUGCGCAUUGUGAAGAAACAUCAGGGAUCUACAACCCCGGCUCCUGCUGAGAAAGAUAAAGAGAGUGAAGAAUGGGAAAGUAACAGCCCACAACUAACUGUACCGAUAAUUAUCUCUGGAGCUUUAGCAAGGGGGGAUAAAGACUUCCCUCCAGCAGCCGCACAAGUUGCCCACCAGAAGCCUUAUCCAUCAGUGGAGAAACUGUCUGUUUCACAUCAGAUCAAUCAUUCCAUCCACCAACCUCGCAAGUGAAGAGCCCAGCCCUUGAAAUGAAUGUACAAAUGUUGGUGCAGAUCAUUAACCCUAUGGGAGAUAUCAAACCAUUAAUUGGAUUCCUAAUGUCGAAGAUAUUUGAAGCAAUUUCUUUUUCUCUUUAGAAACAGAUUUAUGGUUUUAAAUUUUAUAAACCUUGUCAAAACAUGUUUGGAAAUUAAUUAGCCAUUUUUUAAUUAAAUUGGUACCUGGGAUAUUGGUUUUGGCUUUUUUUUUUACAAAAUAUCAGAAAUAUCAGCUCUGCUUCUGGAAUGAUAGAGAAAUUGUUGGCAGAAUGUCUGACUUUGGUGCAUGUGUGAGAAAUGUACGAGUGACUCGGCCAUGUGCGUGUCCUGCCUAUAUGUUCCUGUUAUCGCAUAGUCAAUGCUGAUUCUCACAGACACUUGUAUGCAUGUUGUAAAUCCUGUUAUAAAUUGAACUAAAUGUGCGCUAGAAGUAAACACAAAGACAAUUCGAAGCAUGUGUGCAUUAAAUGGGAGUAGUUUUCAGGAGAUGGUGCUCCAAUUUCAUGUGCUCAGCAAUUCAAUCUCUGCACAUUCCUACAUUGCUUUAGCUCUUCUUAUAACCUCUUGAUGUUCCAAAGCUCUUUGCAUUCAAUUAAAUAUAUUUCUUGA